AUGAACGAAAAAGUGUUUGUGGACAAAUUGGACAAGCUAACGAAUACUCAGCAGAGCAUUCAAGCAUUAUCGUUGUGGGUGAUAUAUCAUGCCAAACGAGCAAAAGAGAUUGUUCAAAUUUGGUUACGAGAAGUGAAGAAAGCAGCACCAAAGAGAAAAUUGUGUUACUUUUAUUUGGCUAACGAUGUCAUACAAAACUCUAGAAAGAAAACACAAGCCUUUGUGGAAGAAUUUCAACAAGUUUUACCCGUAGCCUUACAUGAUAACAUUUCCAUGAUGCCCCAAAACGAGCAAAAGAGUUUACAGAGAAUGUUCAAUGUUCUCGAAGAACGAAAGAUUUUUACUACAGAAUUCUCUAGAGAUUGUAAACGAAUUAUUGAUGGCGCCCUUGAAGGAAGCGGAUCUAGUGUACAAACAAGCAGUAUUCAUUCAGUAAGCGAUUCCAGUAGUUCAUCUUUGAAGAGAGACAGACAAGUUGCAUUUGGAUCUCCUCAAAUUGAUUCUACAAUUACAAAGCCACUUGUUAAAACCCUCACUCAACUAAAUGAAAUUAUGGAAUCUAAUCGCUUGGAUCAAAAAAGUUUUGCUGACAAUGAUAAACUAAUUUCAGAAUGUAAACAAAAAGUGUUGGAUAGAUCUGAUAUUGGAGAGGAUAGCUUAGCCAACAUGUCACCAUUUGCAUUAAAACAAUUGCAAUCCGACGUUGAAAGCAUGAUCACAAAAUGCACCGACUAUAAAUUUGCACUCGCUAAAGAAAAUAACAAGCGAAGAGAAUACAUUCAACAACUAGAGCAAGAAUUGAAAGAACAGCAAGACUUAUUGGACAAGUACAAUGAUUGUAUUAAAGAAUGGAACAAUAACUACAUUGUAGAUCUCCAAAAAGUCUCAACAUCUGUUGAAAUUCAUCUCAAUAACAAACGUCUUGGCACAAGUAGCAGCAGCAAUGCAACAAGUGCCUUCUCUUCACACGAUGAAGAUCCACUCGCCAGUACCGUUUACACAGACGACUUUUUCCGUGUUGACGAAGAUGAGGAAGGUGUGGAAUCUUCAAAUAAAAAGUUGAAAAUGGAAACACCUUUCGAUGAAGAUGAAGACCUUUUCAGUGAAGUGAAACAACGAACUGCUACUGCUGCGCCACUCACAGCCAGUGAUGUGAACAGUUUGAUGAGUUCCAUUCUUAGUGCGAUUGGAUCAAAGAAUGUAAACGGUUCGAAUCAUAAUGGUGGAUCAGCCACUUCCAAUGAGUUCGAUGCAACUUCUAGCGAUUAUCCUCCUUUCGAUUGA